UGCCCUAACAUGCUGAGAGGAAUUGAUCAUUUGCGGGACCCGAGACUCAAUAAGGGCCUCGCCUUCACUUUAGAAGAACGACAAGCACUUGGCAUUAUUGGAUUAUUAGCUCCGCUUUACAAAACGCAAGAAGAACAGUUAAAUAUUUGUCGGGUCUCUUUAGAUAGAUACAAGAAUGAUCUGAAUAAAUACUUGUACUUGGUGGAGCUGCAUGACACAAAUGAGAAAUUAUUCUUCAGCCUUAUAUCGAAUGACGUUGAAAAAUAUUUGCCGAUUGUGUACACCCCGACAGUCGGCGUGGCGUGCCAAAAGUUCGGUGUAGUUUACAAGAGGGCUAGAGGACUCUUCAUAACUAUAAACGACAAAGGCCACGUGUUGAAUAUUUUAAAAAAUUGGCCAGAACAAGAUAUUCGAGCUAUAGUAUUCACGGAUGGUGAAAGGAUUCUUGGUCUCGGAGAUUUGGGCGCAUAUGGGAUGGGUAUACCGAUUGGUAAACUGGCAUUGUAUACCGCACUAGCCGGUAUAAAACCCCAUCAAUGUCUGCCUGUAACCCUCGACGUGGGCACUGACAAUCAGGAACUUUUGGAGGAUCCCCUAUACAUUGGGCUGAGGCAAAAAAGAGUACGUGGAAAGGAUUAUGAUGAAUUUUUGGCUGAGUUCAUGGAGGCCUGCAUCAAGAGAUAUGGCGCAAACAUUCUUUUACAAUUUGAAGAUUUCGCUUUAGGCAACGCCACACGACUCUUAAACAUGUACCGGGAUGUAUAUUGCACGUUCAAUGACGACAUACAAGGCACUGCGAGUGUGGCUGUUGCUGGUUUGAUGACAACUGAGAGGAUUACUAAGAAAAAGCUAGCUGAAUACACUUUUCUAUUCUUAGGGGCUGGUUCUGCAGCCACCGGCAUCGCCAAUCUUACCGUAGCAGCCAUGAUUGAACAAGGAUUGUCAGAGAACGACGCCAGGAAUCGAGUCUACAUGUUCGACAUUGAAGGUCUCCUUAGUAACAAACGGCAAGGCGGAAUCCCGGAACAUUGCAAGCAAUUCGGCAAGGAAGUGGAGCCAUCCAAAGACUUCGAGCAGUGUGUGAAGACGUUGAAACCGACGUGCCUCAUUGGAUGCUCAACAGUAAAAGGGGCAUUCAAUGAGAAAAUCCUCAAACAAAUGGCCCAGAAUGCAGAGAGACCAGUAAUAUUUGCUCUAUCGAAUCCCACCAGUAAGGCUGAAUGCACGCCGGAAGAUGCUUAUAACCUUACAAAUGGCACAUGCAUUUACGCAUCGGGCUCGCCGUUUCCACCUGUGAAAUAUAAGGACAAAGAAUAUCAUACAGGACAAGGCAAUAAUUCGUAUAUUUUCCCCGGUCUUGCGUUGGGCAUUAUAGCGGUUCGCGCAAGAAUUAUCCCCGAAUAUAUGUUCUUAAGCGCAGCUCGAACGCUCGCCAAUUUUGUGAGCGAAUCAGACUUGGGGAUCGGCCGUAUAUACCCACCUCUGUCAGAUAUCAGAAAAGUUUCAUAUAGCAUAGCACUGGAGAUUUGCAACUUGGCAUAUGAGAAAGGAAUUGCAACGGUACAUCCAAAGCCGAAGGACUUUAAAAAAUUCUUAAAGGAUCAGUUGUAUGAUUUGAAUUAUUACUCUCCAUUGCCAGCUUUUUAUCCAUACCCUAAACCGCCGGAAAUCAAAGUGAAAUCGGUUGAGGAAGUGUACAAAGGACUUGUAUUGGAUCCAAAGACUGUAAAACCAAAAUAA